AGUUUAGUCAUUCUUGUGAAAAACGUCUGCUGUUCAGUUUCCCAAAGUCACCAAUUUAUCACAAUAAAAGGAUAAAGGAUCCAAUUACGGCAACUCGCAAAUAGUCCACAAGACCUGGAUCGAUUCGUUGUUUUUGAAAUGUUUAGUUUUGAGGGAGAGUACAGGCGAAAACCUGUCCAAAGUUUGGGAGGCGCAUCAAAACAUAGUCAAAGAGACAUUUUUCUCCAGAGAACACAACUAGAAAGGCAAAAAAGAGAAGAUUUACGUCGACAAAACCAAAGUGCUGUUAUCAUUCAAGCUUUUUUUCGAGGUUGCCAAGCUAGAUCCCUUCAAAAGAACAUUCAACGACAAGAGUUUGAAAGAAUACAGGCCACCAAUUUCCAAAAUAUUAACUUACAACUCUUGACAUCUUUGAUCAACAAACUUAAGUUCUUCUUUGAUAAAGAGAAAGAUGCUAACAAACUUGUGUGGCUAUCACAGCUGGUGAUAAAAAAUUCACCUAGCAUAAUGAAGCAAUGCCAAACUGAGAAACCAUUCACAUUUAGCCUUGCUCAAUUCCUCAGCUUAACUCUGUGCUACAUAUCUGAUACUAUUCAUUUACCAACUGGAGAGAGCAAAGGGUCCCACUGGAGGGUCUUGGAAAUCUUCCUCAAUGCAGAGGGCUGGAGAAAAAGUGUAGGAGUUCAAACAGCUGAUAUGAUUUUGGGUUCAAUAUUUUUUUUCCUGUCUCGAAAAGGUUAUUUUACCCAGUUACGCCAGAUUGUUGAUGUUAAAAUACCACCUUUAGUUGAGCCCACCACAAAGGCACCAACCCCUCUUUCUGGUUGCCUGUUGGACUUUAUUUUUCAACCCCUAGAAUUUGCAUCGGCGACAAUGAAUAUAAAUAAUCGUAACACUGUAGUUGCAUCCUUUAGCCGAGAAUUUCUGGAACCAGCGUAUUCAGAACCAAUCACAAAUUUCAUUCUUCCGUCUUUGAGGCAGAAUAAUAACAAAAUUCCUUUGUUAUGUUUGCUUCAAAACAAUGAAGCUUGUGCAAGAAAUCCGUGGCUUCUUCAUAGCAUUCUGGUGCUGGCAGAUGGACACCCUGAACUUAAGGACGAUAGAGUGCUGUCAUUCUACGUUGCCACAGUAAGUCGUUUAAGCGGAUGUCUCCAAUUCAUGCAAACUGCUGAAGUUCACGAAGACGACGACGACUCAGACGAAGAAGAUGUACAAACUAACAUAUUUAAAGCUGCCGAACAAGAAAUAAUGACUCGUUGCUGUGAGUUACUUAAUAAUAUCAAUACGGUACAUGUAUUGGUAACAGCCCUGCAAAUCCCUGACGUUCUACCAGAUUUGUGUGUCGUUGGUCACAAUCUGUUGCUGUCUGAUCGAUUGGCGCUCCACAAGUGCAGGCUACUUUAUACGUUGGCUUUCAAACCUUGUUAUCUGCAACAGUUGUUAGGCCAUAUCAAAUCAGAAAAGCAAGUGUCGCUGUUUGGUUCAUCGGAUACGUCCUUGGUUCAACUUUUGGCGAAAGGUGUUCAUCUGGCGCAUUCGGAAAUUGACCGAAUCGUACCCGUGUUAGAUGUUUUCUGUUCACUUUUCAGUCAUCUUUUAGUAACGUUGGACGACUCCGAAUUUUACAACGAAUCGGAUCCAGUUUCUGGAGCUAUGCCGUUCAGCCUAACUGAAGUGGUCGAACUGGCUUCUAUAUUGCGUGACGUUUGCCUUGGAUUGGUGGAACUUGCUUAUCCUGAUACUCGCCCAAGCACCUCCUUCAACUUUGUCAAGACCCGUACUACUUCCACCGGUAACACACAAGAAGAUACCCGACUGUGGAUGCAUCUGUUCAAAUCUACAGUGAAUCUCGUCAGCCAGUUGCACACAAGAGAUACGCGCCGACCGUUCUGUCCUAGUUGGGUUUGGAUAACUGGAAGAAUUGCCCUGCCUUUGGAGAGGAAUGGCCAGCUGUCUUUCCGUAGGCAAGGCAGACUUCACCGUCCGUUUAGGGCUAUCCGACCAUUAACCAGGAAUGAAAUUGAAGAGGAAGGUAGUUCUAUGUUGUCAACAAGAGAGGUGCGAACCUUAGCCAUUCUGCGUGAAAUUCCGUUUGUGUUCUCGUUCACCGAUCGGGUCAAAAUGUGGCAGCAAUGGAUCCUCAAUGAUAAAAUGCAGCAACAGGGAGAGGCCAAUUUCCUUCGAGGUCCAUCCAUUCAGGUCAUGAUUCGCCGGAAUUAUAUUUAUGAGGACGCUUUCGAUAAACUUUCCCUUGAAAAUGAACCAAAUCUGCGAUUUAAGAUGAGAGUCCAGUUAACGAAUGCUGUAGGAUUGGACGAAGCCGGAGUCGAUGGUGGUGGUAUAUUUCGUGAAUUCCUGUCAGAGUUGCUGAAAACGAGCUUCGAUCCGAAUCGCGGGUUUUUCCGCUUAACACACGAUAACUUGCUCUACCCUAAUCCCGGUGUGGCUGUCCUCGUUUCGGAUUUCCCAGCCCAUUACUACUUUAUCGGUCGUAUGCUGGGAAAGGCUUUGUACGAGAAUUUGCUGGUGGAAUUGCCGAUGGCGGAUUUCUUCCUCUCCAAGAUCCUCGGUCAGGCCAGUGCUAGUUUAGACGUCCAUCAUUUGGCUUCCUUAGACCCAGUACUUCACAAGAAUCUUCUUUAUCUCCGCCAUUAUGAUGGUGAUGUCACCGAACUAGGACUCGAUUUCACCAUAGUGAGCAGCGAAUUGGGCGAAACGAGGGUGGAAGAACUGAAACCGAACGGAUCCAACAUUCCCGUCACGUCUUCAAAUCGUAUCGAAUACAUCCAUUUGGUGGCGGACUACAAACUCAACAAGCAAAUCCGUUUGCAAUGCAAUGCAUUCCGCCAGGGAUUGGCGAAUGUCAUCGAUAUCGAGUGGUUGCAAACAUUUAGCUACCGAGAGUUGCAGGUGUUGGUGUCAGGUGCAUACACACCGGUUGAUUUAGAGGACCUUAAACAACACACGCACUACACCGGUGGCUACACUUCAACGCAUCCAGUCAUCCAAGGAUUUUGGCGAGUCGUAUCCAAGUUUGACGAUUCCGGAAAGCGACACCUGCUCAAAUUUGUAACCAGUUGCUCUAGACCUCCAUUGCUUGGCUUUAAAGAAUUGGAUCCGCCUUUCUGUAUUCAAAACGCCGGUACGGACGAUCGACUCCCGACCGCAAGCACCUGCAUGAAUUUAUUGAAGUUACCCGAAUUCCACGACGAGAACGUUUUAAGAGAUAAAUUAAUCUAUGCUCUUCAAUCUGGUGCCGGAUUUGAGUUGAGUUAAAAGAUUUAAAAAGUUUUCUGAAUGGACGAAAUGGUCAGUUUUUGUCCUUUUUUUUCCUUUUUUAACAUAAAAAAAAAUGUAUAAUUUAGUGAGACUUUUCUUGUUCCAUAAAUAUAUGAAACGCUUACGUACUAA